AAGAAGUGGCACAUUAAUGAAGCGCCGCUACAGGGGUCUUUUCUGCUCCUGUCACCGCUUAAAACUAUCAGAUGGUUCGAGGGUGGACAUGGAGGCAGCCACCUAGCUCAGCGGAACCACGAACACCACAGCAGCGUCCUCUGGAUCCCUGAGGCGGCGUCUGCCACUGUCCUCACGGGCACUCCGCAGCCGAGUUCGGUCUCCCAGCAGGGCGCACGACCCACGAGCGCGCUGCGCAGCCCGCGGAGAGGAGCUCUACCGGGCUGAGUCCAAGCCUAGCUGGCAGCGAGUCUCACUGCUCCCCGACGCUGCGCUCCGGUCGCGCGCAGGGAGGGACUCGGCCACCAGCCACGCCAUCCCGGAUGCGGACCGGCAACUUGGAACAACUUUAAGAUUCGACCAGUCCUCCGGGCCGCGCGGACCCUGAGCAAGUGGCCAAGCAAGAAGAUGCCUCGGCCGGGCCGCAACACGUACAGCGACCAGAAGCCGCCCUACUCAUACAUCUCGCUGACCGCCAUGGCCAUCCAGAGCUCUCCGGAGAAGAUGCUGCCGCUCAGCGAGAUCUACAAGUUCAUCAUGGACCGCUUCCCCUACUACCGGGAGAACACGCAGCGCUGGCAGAACAGCCUGCGCCACAAUCUCUCCUUCAACGAUUGCUUCAUCAAGAUCCCGAGGCGGCCAGACCAGCCGGGCAAGGGCAGCUUCUGGGCGCUGCAUCCCAGCUGCGGGGACAUGUUCGAGAACGGGAGCUUCCUGCGGCGUCGCAAGCGCUUCAAGGUGCUCAAGUCAGACCACCUGGCGCCCAGCAAGCCGGCGGACGCCGCGCAGUACCUCCAGCAGCAGGCUAAGCUGCGGCUCAGCGCGCUGGCCGCCUCGGGCACGCAUCUGCCGCAGAUGCCGGCCGCUGCGUACAACCUGGGCGGUGUGGCGCAGCCUUCCGGCUUCAAGCAUCCCUUUGCUAUCGAGAACAUCAUCGCUAGGGAGUACAAGAUGCCUGGGGGGCUGGCCUUCUCUGCCAUGCAGCCGGUUCCGGCUGCCUAUCCUCUCCCUAACCAGUUAACUACCAUGGGCAGCUCUCUGGGCACUGGAUGGCCACAUGUGUACGGUUCCGCGGGUAUGAUCGACUCAGCCACCCCCAUCUCCAUGACUAGUGGCGACUACAGCGCCUAUGGAGUGCCGCUGAAGCCGCUGUGCCACGCCGCGGGCCAGACGUUGCCCGCCAUCCCAGUGCCCAUCAAGCCCACGCCGGCCGCAGUGCCCGCGCUGCCAGCUCUGCCCGCACCCAUCCCCACCCUGCUCUCGAACUCGCCGCCUUCGCUCAGCCCCACCUCCUCGCAGACAGCCACCAGCCAAAGCAGCCCCGCCACCCCUAGCGAGACACUCACCAGCCCGGCCUCCGCCUUGCACUCGGUGGCCGUGCACUGACCCAAGGAAGCUGGGGCUCCGUCUUGGUCCACACCACCCCUCUCAACACUUCCCUGCUCCGGGUCCAGCCCUCCGCGACCUAAAACCGCCACCCCGACUUGCCCAUUCUACCUUCUUCAGUCCUCGCUCUUAGAAGAACUUUUGGUUUUGGAACCAGAAGACAAACCACAAACUUGCCGGAAGGCGUGUGAAAGUUGUCUUCGGUCCCUCUAGGGCACCAGAGAAAACAGGGGCUAAUCCAAGCCAAGCGGUCCCUCCUGGGACCCUGAAAUGCACUCCCAUCCAACAGGCAGAACACCCUGACUCCCUCCUGCUCGGAGAAAACAGAAACAAAACAAAACAAAACAAAACAAAACAAAACAAAACAAAACAAAACAAAACAACAAAACUACUCGUCUUCUGAGCUUGGAGAGGCAUAGCUCUGGACUCUGCGCAAUUUCAAGACCAGAGACACUGCCCGGGAGCAGAAGCCCGCCGAGGCUGCAGCCGCACUAAGAGGGCCGGAUCUUCUUAGGUCCUGAAAAUCUGUGGCCACAAGACCAACUCACUGAUCCUCCAAAGGGAUCGCCUCCGCCCAUCAGGCCGGGAUGGGCGGACCGCUACUUUCCCCGGCUGCGGCUCUGCCUCCCGGGCUUCUAAAGAUUUUUUUCCCCUUCUGGGUUUUGUUUCCGGCCAGAAGCUCCCUUAGCUGGGAGUGAGGAGGGAGGCUGCUAAAACUCCGGAGGAUGCUUGUCCUACACACAAGCAAAACACAGCUAAAAGUCACCGUUAUUGUUUACAAAGCGCGCGGUUUAAAAAAAAAUGUAAACAGUGAACUUGAAAAUCUGCCAGGCUAGGGGCGAGGGGGUAGAGUCCUCUUUACAAUUACCUGUUGUCAUGUGAAUGUUUGCUCUUCUGGCCAGCUUUGGGGGUGGGAAGGAGGUAGGGGGAGAAUGGGGGAAGUUAAUUGGGAUGUUAACUUUCUUACUAUUUAGAGACCUUUUUAGCUAUUUAUUUUGAUGAAAGAGAAAAGAAAGGAAAAGGAAAAAGAAAAGAAAAAAGAAAGAAAGGAACGUAAACUAAGCCCGAGGGAGAAAUCCUAGGGCGAGUGGGGAAGUGUGUAGAUGAGCCGACUGGGAAGGGGAAGGGGGUGUCAGCAGAGAUGUCCUCUGGACAGAUCUUUCUGUUAAAAGAACUUUUCCGUGAAGCUAAAGGGCUGCAAAGAGUUGUAAAUAGGAAUGAUUUACACUGUGUAAAAUGCACUUUGGUUUGGUAUGUUCCUUUUAGCAUUCUAGGUAAUUGACAGAAAACAAACAAACAAACAAACAAACAAAGAACAACCCAAUAGUUGUUCCAUUGUGACCUGCUUAAUUUAAAAAAGAAAUUGUAGUGUUGUUCAAGCUGUGAAAAAAAAAUCCCUUUUAUUUUUCUUCCUCUCUGCACAGAAUUCGCAUGGCAUUUUAAAUAUUGAUGUCCUUGUUCUCAGCAUGCCCAUUUUAAGACAGAGUUUUAAAAGGUGUCUACAUUAAAUUAUGACCUAGUCUAAAUAAUAUUUUCUCAUUAAAAUAUGUAAAUUCGAA